AUGACAUGCAUGGGAAAUAAACUGAGAAUUGUUUAUGGAAGUCGAGAAGCGGCCCCGCCGUGCCCGGCUCGGGGGCACCGUUUGCCUGCUGGACCAGUGUCCCGCGGACAACUGCCCUUCCUCCGCCGACCGCUGCCCUCCCCGCCGACCGGCGUGCCCUUCCCCGCCGACCGCUGCCCUUCCCCGCCGACCGCUGCCCUUCCCCGCCCUUCCCCCGGACCGCUGCCCUUCCCGGCGCUGCGCGGAGCGCCCGGCACGGCGGGAAGUGUCGCCGCCCCGCGGUUGGCGCGGGAGCGGGCGGAGCCGCGGGAGCCGCGACAUGGCGGCGCCGGGUGCGGCGGGAGCCGGGCGGAAGGGUACGGCGGGCAGCAGGCGCGGCGCAGGAAGGGCCCCGGCGCGCUGGCCACGGGCUACCUCGUUAUUUUACAACGUGGUGAUGACGGCGGAUGGCUUGUUAUUGCAGUUGGUCUCGUUCGGGCAUACCUGGCUAAAGGCAGCUACCACAGCCUUUACUAUUCAAUAGAAAAGCCCCUGAAAUUCUUCCAAACUGGAGCAUUGCUUGAGAUUCUGCACUGUGCACUUGGCAUUGUUCCCUCUUCUGUUGUUCUGACUGCUUUCCAAGUGAUGUCAAGGGUUUUCCUGACGUGGGCAGUAACACACAGUGUAAAAGAGGUACAAACUGAAGACAGUGUCCUCUUGUUUGUAGUGGCCUGGACAAUCACUGAGAUUAUCCGCUACUCUUUUUACACGUUUAGCUUGUUAAACCAUCUCCCUUAUCUCAUCAAAUGGGCCAGGUACACUUUGUUUAUAGUAUUGUAUCCAAUGGGAGUCUCAGGCGAAUUACUCACAAUAUAUGCUGCAUUACCCUUCGUCAGGCAGUCUGGCUUGUAUUCCAUUAGUUUACCUAACAAGUACAAUUUCUCUUUUGACUACUAUACAUUCUUGAUCCUGGUUAUGAUCUCUUACAUUCCAAUCUUUCCUCAGCUGUAUUUUCAUAUGCUACACCAGAGGCGAAAGGUACUCUCCCACACUGAAGAACAUAGGAAGUCGGAGUAAUUCCAACACUUUUUCAGAACUUUUCAAACAUCAAAAUGCUGCAGUUUUUCAAUACCCAGCACAUUUGUAAAGAAUACCAAGAUAAGUCAGAGGUAAAAGACCAAUAAUUUAGCAAGAAUAACCAAUAAAUCUGAUUCCACUGAAAUCCCAAGUGUAAAACAUUGAAGUAUUCUAAGCUUAACAGUGCUUCAGAAAACUUUUAAACUUUAUAUGGCUUGGCAGUUAACAUUUUCCUUAAAUGAUGUGCUAAAUGAUUUUCAUUUAUUAUUAAAUGCCUGAAGGUUGCAGUAUGAGUGAUGAAGUUGUACCCACUAAAUGCCUGAAUUGGGAUUAUAUUACCAAUACCUCUUUUUUUUAAGUGCUUGACUGCAUGCCAGAAACUGUAUGUAUUGCUGUGAAAGCAAACAAUAUGCUCUGGAAUAUUUCAGGAUAAUGUCAGAGACUUCAGUGGAGAAUGUAAUCUGGCUAAAGUGUUUGAAUUUAGAAAGGUAGGUUGUGUAUUUAAAAGGUGACGGGAACAAGAACAAGAAACCAAUUACGGGAAAUGAGGGGAAUGUAGUUCUUUAGGAAUUUAAACAGUACAGUGUCUGACCAGAGUGUGUUCUCUGAAGAUCUUGUUUAAGCUGAGUACACAAAUGCAAAUGUUAAUUCAGAGGCGGUAAUGCUUAUCUGAAACAUUAAAAAUCCUUUUAAUUACUGCAUCCCUGGAUACUUUUUUACAUAUUAAAAAAAAUUAAAAGUAAUACUAACUAUAAUAUUUCUAGUGAUACCGGUAAUGAAUCUAAACAAGAUAAGGAGGCAAGUCACCAGAAAUGUGUGCAGUUCUCCCUUUUUUACUUAAAUUAUCAUCUUUAAUCACUGUCAGUGAUACUCAUCUUUCAGUGAGGAGGACUAUUUGGUCUGCUGUGGAAUUAUCUGGGGGCCUUGUUUCUCAGCCUAACUUUUCUUAAGUGACUGGUUUGUAUCACUGUGGCACAUUCAAGCAGGCAGUUCCAGGCACUCAGCUUCUGAAGUGUUGCAAAGUCAUAAGCUGCUCUUUUGAAAACAGAUUAUCUCAUGUGUUACAUGCUGCUUUUGCAGACUGGACAAGCCUUUCGUCAUCUGUUCUCUUUGAAGAGUGGAAGAACACAAAGUUAUAUUUUCCUUGGUGCUUCCUCUGGGUUCUCUGGCUUAGCUUUCCCUUGGGAAGGUAAAACAGAGAACAAGAAAGCCUUGUAGUGAGGCAGAAAGCACUAAUGCUGUGUGAGUAGUGCCCCAGGUUAUUAAGAAACUUUUGACGGGGCCAAAAGGGUAGGGAAUGGAAGGGGCAAAGGGAGCAGGGAAAUGAACAGAUACCCAAGCAAAGAGAAAAGGAAAUGUAGGUUAUGGCCUUUGCUCUGUUAGGAAUUGAUAGCCCAAUAGUGUUGUGUGAACCCAGUCAGGGUCACUAGACACCACCACAUGGGCUUCUCUGGCUUCCCUCUUACAACAUUAUGAUUUGGUGCAUCAAUGAGGUGUGACCCGUACCACGCUACCUGCAGUACUGAGCUCGUGCUGUGCCUGCCAGCACCUCCCCCUGGACGUGCUCAACACAUCCCAGCUCUCCCUAAACACAGCCAGUAAGUACUGAGGGCACAGGCUUUCUUUUCUAGCACUUGGGAAGAGCUGGAUUUACAAUUAUUUAGGUUUAUGCUUGUCAGAGCUAUAUUUUUUAAAAAACUUUUCAUUUUUCAGUAAUUUUCUUUGAUUCCAUCAAAAGGUUUGAAUUUUCCUAAUUCUCAGUAUAUAGCACAUUUCCUGUUUAGAUACAAACAGGGCUAUAAUAAGCAGAGAGAGGGUAAGAAACAAUAAUAAUCUUUGCUUCUAUUUUAAACACUUUGGAGCCUAUUAUUGACUAUUCAAAAAUACAAGAGGCUGUACCAAGGUGGGUGUUGGUCUUUUCUCCCAAGUUACGAGUGAUAGGACAAGAGAAAAGUGCCUCAUGUUGCACCAGGGAAGGUUUAGAUUGGAUAUUAGGAAAAAUUUCUUCAUCAGAAGGGUUGUCAAGCACUGGAACAAGCUGUCCAGGGAAGUGGUGGAGUCACCAUCCCUGGAGGUAUUUAAAAGAAGUGUAGAUGUGGUGCUUAAGGACAUGGUUUAGUGGGACUUUGCAGUGUUAGGUUGGACUUGAUAACCUUGGAGGUCUUUUCCAACCUAAACAAUUCUGUGAUUCUAUUACUGUGGCCAUAUACAGCCUCAGACUGGUUUUGGAUUCGAAGAUGCAACAGUUCAGUUAAUUUCUGCAUUAGGUUAUGUGCUUUGUUGUAGUCAUCUGAGAAAUGUUACAUUAUACUGAACUGUUUGAAAGUGUAAAUUUCCACCUCCGAACAAAACAUCUUUUGCUUAUACUUGCUGUUAAAGAAAGUGAUGUCAGUAUUUCUGAAGGAUGCCAUCUAAAAGAUCUGAUUUCCUGAUGUACUUAGGUUAUUGGAUAUUGUUGAUGCUCAGCUCCUGAACUUUCUUAAUUUGAUUUCUGGGCCCAAAUAAAAGAUUUGGUUUCAAAUUUGUUGGUCCAAUUUGGAGGAAAAAAAAUGACUGUGUAAUACUCCAAUAUGAAACAAACUGCUGGCUCUGCUGAUGAGAAAGAUAUAGUCCAGAUCUGUGUACAGUACAAUCAGAUAGCACUGGCACCAUGGAAAAGCAGAGCGUGCUGCCAGUAGGGAGGAAAUUUGUACGACCAACACCUUUACUGAAUAAGCUUUAUCACGGAAUAUUUACUUUAAUUGAAAAUAUUAAUUUACCACACAAAUGCAAAUAAACUGCAGACUUUUUAAAGAAAUUGCUUUGCUAGUAAGAAAUUUUAUCAGCAAAGUUGAUUUAUAAAUUAUACUCUGAAGUAUGAACAUGCAGUUAGUAUGUACAAAAAUUCAGCACUUCAUCUUGCAGUGCUUUUUCAAGUUUAUCUUCCCUGGAAAUCACUGGAAGGUGAUCUUGAGUGAGAACUGUAGUGUGAUGCCCUAAUCCUCUUUGGGUUGUUCCUAUUGACUUUGGUCACACGUGUGGGGUUUUUCCUCAUAAAAUAAGAAAUUUCCCCUCAUCUGUCACUGAAGUGGUGAUGUGAUUUGUGUGAACUCUAUAACAGAAGCUUUGAUUGGUACUGUUUGUCACAAAUGUAGAGGGUUUUAUUUUCCCCACAGACUAUUUACUUAGCUUGCAUGUUCUCUAUCAGCAUAUCCAAACCAGCAGGCGUUCUCUGCUUUGGUGUCUCUGUUGUGUGCACUGGUUCAGUUGACAGCACUUUAUGUUCUACCAUGCUGGCUUUGUCUGAGUUACUCACUACCCUCUAAAAGACCAAGGCUCUUACCAGUGUAUAGUUUACAACUGGAAUUGUAGAAAUGUUCAUAUUGUAAAUUACAGUAAGAUGCAGGUUACAGUGCAGAUGAAUUGUAAUUUUUCACAAUGUGAUGUUUCUAUUAAAGGUGGGGUUUUUUGUUAUCAUAAUGAAGGUUGACAUUUGUGUGGACCAAUCUGCGGUGUCAUUUGAAAACCUUUUUCAGCUUAAAAUUUUCAUGAGUAUACAUCAAAUCAUGCAUUUUGAUGUAUAUGUCAGUGAAAUUUGGGUGAAAACUAUAUACAGUCAUUUUUGUAUUUUUUUCUAUGUUGUGAAGAAUAAAAUUGUAAUUUUAUAAGUCUGAUUCACUAAGAUUAUUAUAAGUUAAAUGUAUUUUUUGUAUAUUUAGGAAUCUGAUAUUACCUGGAGCUCUGAAAGAUGAAGCAUAGACUUUUUAUGCAUGGUUGAAAGAUAUUUCAACUUGAUAAUGCAGUGAAAUGGUUGGUAUGCUAAAAUACUAGUCUGUGUUGUUGCCUUGUGAAAUUGAUUCUGUGCUCUCUGCCUGGACUUGGCCUACUGAUCAGUGAUACUAAUUGCUAUAAUCCAAAUAAAAUCAUUCUGAACAAAAUACGUUGUACUGUUACUGUUUAAGGAACAAAAGCAGAUAUUUUAUAAAUGUGAAUUAGGACUGUAUUUUUAUUCAUUUGUAUAUAACAUGUACCUUGCAAUUGACAAGAUUUUUUUAGCAUAUGUAACUCUGGAGCUCAGGCAAAAGAAUUAGGAAACUUCAUACUGUUAUGAAAGCUCUGCCUUUCACUUUCAGAAGAGGUACUCAUAACAACACAUUAACUGUGUCAGCACUCAGACUUACAGCUUCCUGAAGGAUCCUCAAUAGAAUGUGAGCUCUUUGUUUCCCUGUUGUCAUUUGUAGUCUGGAUGCUGAUGGUUUUCUACAAAAACAAAAUCGUUUGAGUAUUAUAAAUAUAGUGGAAUGCUUAACUAAUGCAAUGGAAUACUUCAGAGUUCAUCUACUAAAUAUAAUAUGUCUGCUACCACGGCAACGUUCUUAGCAUUUUUAACACUUCCUGAGAGAGAUUUAAAAACUGUGUCUAGAUGGCAUUAGUGCUCAUGAAUAACGAGUUAUAAUCCUCUAAUAGGAACUGAGUAGUAGUUGCAGAGUGAGUGCUAUUAUUCUGGCCAUAUGCUUGUCAUAAGAUUGCACAACUACAGUGAUUUUUUUGUUGCUUGCAGCCGGGAUGAACUGAUGUUGCCGUGCCCAGCAUCAGCACAUGUCCUACGCAUGAUGGCUGUGACUUAGCACUGCUGUGUAAUUAAAAACUCCUCUUUGAAAUGUUACUCCGUGAGUGGUGGUGCCGAGAUCUGUUUGUGCCUUAGAAUAACUUCUGCUGGUUAUUUGGGUUUCCUCUUUGCAUUUUGAAAACAGUAUGUGUGGAAACAGUUCUAGUUCCCUAAGGUAACAUUAUAAAGUAUGAACAGCAUAAGGACUCUGUGUUUGCAAGCAGUUUAAUAUCACAAUAGUACAUAAGGCUCAUCUUAAAUAAAGCACUGGCAGUUCUUGACAUUAAGACUUGAGGAAGAAUCUGUGCUGGUGUGCUGAGUAUAAAAUAAAAAGAUGUGAAUAUCUGUAUGAUUCAUUUGAUAUGAACUGAGCAUUUCUGCAGUUGGGAUUGAUUGAUUCAAACCACCCAACUGCUUGGGACUUUGGCUCAAUAUCAAGUAGCUUUUAAAUUCUGCUUCCCAUCUCCUAAACAGAUACUCUUCCACACUUGUCAGAAGACUUCUAAAAUUAGUAAGAGAAUUAAUAAAGCUUCUGAAAGGCUACCUUUGAAACAGUUGGAAUUUCAGAUGUGGGUGGAAAAUUUAAAACUCUUAAUACUGUUGAUCUCUGAUCUCCAGAAUAAUACCUUACAGAUGGGAAAGAGCCUAAAGCCCUUUUUAUGUCUUCACAAAUUAAUUGGGCAUUAAUAGUUUGAGAGGUGUGUUUUUCUCUUUGAUGUGCUGACAUAGAUAAUGUGCUAAUAUUAGGGAAAGAGAUGUUCCUGUCAGUAUUAUAUCUUAAUUUUUCUAGUGGUUUAAGUAGAUGCAUAUUAUUUCAAUAUUCCACUAUAAAAGCAUAAUUCACAAUACAUAGAAACACUUCCAUGUCUAGUUUUACAAACUCAGUGUCACAGCAAACUGCCUCUCUGUAGAUUAAAUUUAUUUCAUAUAGUUUAUACAUAAGAAUUUGACAUUGCCUGGUACUACAUGAGGAUGAUAUUAUUGGGAAAGUCUUUGGUGGAAGUUUUUGCAAAGGCCUAUUCAACUGAAUUGCAUAUUCUCCUGUCUUAUUGACUCCUGCUACAGACAGUCUGCACAGUCUUCAGUGAACUGUUAUCACUUGCAACAAGUGUACAUUAAAACUUUAUUCGAACAGCUGAACUCACAGAAUCAUAUUUACUGUGUAAUCUACAUUCAACCUCUUGGGUAAUACAGUGGGUUAGUCUCAUUCUACAGAGUGAUAAUCUGAAGAAUAGAGAGAGAGAGAUAGAGGCAUUUCAGGUAUCUUCUUUAAAAUUAGUUGUAAGUUGAUGUCAAUUUAAAGGUCAGCCCUAUGGUUUUUUUCUAGCACGCCUACAGAAAAUAUCAGUUGUGGAGAGGAUAUAGGAAGUGGAGAACCUUCCAAUCAGCCUAACCCUAGGUUGCUUUUAUGAAAUCAGUUUACCUGUUAAAGGUUUCUUUGGGUAAAAGACAACCUCUUCACUUACUGGAGGAUAAGA